CCUUCCGGCAGGUGACAUUCAGCCGGCUGCUACGGGCUUCGGGUUUGGGGUCCUGGAAUCAUGGCCCAAUUUGUCCGUAACCUGGUGGAGAAGGCUCCGGGGAUGGUAAACGCUGCUGUGACUUACUCGAAGCCUCGAUUGGCCACAUUUUGGCACUAUGCCAAGGUGGAGCUGGUUCCUCCAACCCCUGCUGAGAUCCCUACAGCUAUUCAGAGCCUGAAAAAAAUAGUCAAUAGUGCUCAAACUGGUCGCUUCAAACAGCUCACAGUUAAGGAAGCUCUGCUGAAUACUUUGGUGGCCACUGAAGUGUGCAUGUGGUUUUAUAUCGGCGAGAUCAUAGGCAAGCGUGGGAUCAUCGGCUAUGAUGUUUGAAUGCAUCAGAUUAUACUUCAUUUACUAUUUGUUUAUUCUUGGACCAUGUGUGAUAAGAUUAAUAUCUCAAUAAAAUA